AAGCCUGCGGGCCUGGGCGCGCGGGCAUGGGGGUGACGGUGGACGUGCGUCAGGUGUACAAGUACCCCUUCGAGCAGGUGGUCGCCAGCUUCCUCCGAAAGUACCCCAAUCCCAUGGAUAAAAAUGUCAUCUCUGUAAAAAUCGUGGAGGAAAAAAGAGAUGAAUCAACAGGGAUCAUCUAUAGAAAGAGGGUUGCAGUCUGUCAGAAUGUGAUUCCAGAAAUUUUAAGGAAGGUGAGCAUUUUAAAGGUACCUGAUAUCCAGUUAGAAGAGGAAUCAUGGCUUAAUCUUCAGGAAAGAAACAUGGCUAUACGGAGUCACUGCCUUACGUGGACACAGUAUGCAUCCAUGAAGGAAGAGUCUGUCUUCCGUGAAAGUGUGGAAAAUCCAAAUUGGACAGAGUUCAUUCAAAGAGGCAGAAUUUCAAUCACAGGGGCUGGAUUUCUCAAUUGCAUGUUGGAAAGUUUUGCCAGUACAUUCCUAAGACAGGGAGCCCAGAAGGGAAUUAGAAUAAUGGAGAUGCUGCUAAAGGAACAGUGUGGUGCCCCCUUAGCUGAAUAAAGAAUCAUCAGGGAGCUGUAUCCACGUCUACAUUUUUUUUUUGAAAAUCACUUCUUGACCACAACAGAUCAUAUACACAGUUUCUGGAAUGCAGGUUUGAGGAUACAGUGUCAGCAGCUUAAAGAAGAGGAGACCAUCCUGCCAGAACAUAAAAUGACACACUCCCCUGGAAGGCUGCUUCAAAUAGUGGGACUCAUGGAGAUGAGACCUUCUAGGUUGAUUUUUAUGACACAAUCUCUUUACGAUUUUACAAAAAAAGGAAAAAGCCCAUGUAAGAUGAUGUCUGACCUUCCUCAGGAUGUCCUGCUGAUUGUCUGGUGCUGGUGUUGGGGCAGCCAAGGACAGGAUAAAGGCCUGGAGAGGGUGCUUGUGGCCUAUGUUAUCAGCAUGAUUGUUCAUAGGAUUCACGAGAGGAUUAAGAAGUUGAACCUGUUCCCUGAUUCGUAGGUGGCCUAGAACAGACAGACAUGUUCUGGACGGUGUUGAAGCUAAGCCAUAUUUAUAGUGAUGUUUAAGAUUCUGAGAAAUCACGGGAAUUUGAUUUCUGUCCAUAAGUAAUGCAUAACUGCCGUGAGUGUAGCUUUUAUAGUGUAACAUGUGAAGUGCAAUUCAGUCCUGUGAAAGAACAUGAAACGGAGGGUGGGAAGGCAGGUUCUAACCUGGGCUUCUGCUAACUUGUUCUGUGAUAUGGAGCAAAUUAUUAAUCUCUCUGUUUUUUACUAGGCAAACAGAGAUAAUUGGGCACAGGUCUCUCUGUCUGUGGGUUGUGAUGGUUAUGCAAGGAAGUUUAGUGCAAAGAACACAGGUUUGGAGUCAGGUAGACAGACCUGGGUUUGAUCCAAAUGCUGCCAGGCACUGGCUCAAAGAUCAUGUACAUAAUUUUAAAUCUCUCUGAAGCUCAUUUUUUAAAAUUUGUAAAAUGAAGUGAUAGAAUUAACUUUGUGAAGUUGUUGGACAGAUUGGAGAUCAUGUAUAUGAAAUGCACAGCACACUGCCUGGUACAUAGUAGAAGUCCAGUAAAUAGAAGCCAUUAUUAUUAUGUGAAACCAUUUUGAAAAUGUUCUUUUCAACUGUAAUGUAAAGUGGUAUUACUGUUUGAAAAUUAGAUGACAGUGGUUUGCAUUUCCCCUGAUCGGAAGCCAAAAUAUAAAUGCAUACUACCUAACAAAGCUUGAAGAGUGAUAAUAAUUUGCAAUUCAUCUUCUUAAGAUAAAAAUUGGGCCAUUAUUGGAAAGUCUUAAGGAAAUUGUUCUUUUUAUAAUAUUUGAAAAUUUUUUCACUUAGUGCAUUGAUGGAUUUCAAAGGAAUUGUACUUUGUCACACAAGCCUGCCACUGUGAACCUCUUUUUAUUGUAUUUGAGCUAUUUGUGCUGCCUGAGUUUUGUCUCGAAGGAUAAUUUCCCUUCAUUUCUUUAGUGUUUUAUUCUUUGAUUGUGUUGGAGGAAAAAUGAAUGGUAGAAAUCAGAACACACUUUGACCUUCUUUUCCAGUUUACAAAUGGCAUUUGGUAGGCUUUUGGAAUAAUAGCCUUUUAAGAGGUGAUGUGAAUUAUGGAGGUGAGAGGCAAGAAAUUUUAUUUGGAGGUUGAUAUUGGAAUAAACUUAACCCUUCAUACUCAAUAACCUCCAUCUUCUGAAAGAAGGAGUUCUCACCCUGAGUUGUCCAUUAAGAUAGUGUGGGGAUCUUUGUGCAAUCCUGAUGCCCAGGCUGUGACCCAGACUAGGAAAUCAGAAUCUCUGGGUAGAGCCAGGCAUCAGUAUUUUUUAAAGCUCUCAGGGUGAUUCCGAUGGGUAGCUAAGGUUGAGAACCAUACAACAAAUUAUAGGUAACUUGCAGACAUUAUCUAAUUUCUUUCUUAACACCUCUGAGGUAGGAAAAGAUCUACGUAGCAAGAAUUUUUAUUAGAAACAGAAAGAGUGAAGCAUAAAGAGGCCAGAUUUCUGCCUUUAUUUCUUGAAGGCCAGGUGGCCAACGCAAAUGCCUACAUGGAUUCAGCAGCUGCUCUGAUGAGUGACGCAGUCUGGUGGCCACUGGAGAGACCCACCUGGGAGUACAUGUCUGGCUGAAGGUGGCAGCCCCUGCUCAGCCCCAGUAGUGCAACCUUGUGGCUGGCUUUCUUAUUUCUUCCAAUUUCCAAUUUUCCAGGAAAAGACAGAAUUUAAAAGGAAAGAAAUCUCCUGAUUUUUAUGUGUUGGCAACAAAUUCAGAAUUGCUUAAAACAUGGUGCUGGCCAGACCAAACAUGUUUGCCAGCAAGUGGUUUCCAGCCUCUGCUUCAGGAGUAUUAAGGACCAGCCUAAACAUCCUAGCCAAUUUCUGAUAGGUUUGCGUUUUCAUAUUCCGGAGGUAAGCUGCAGUUGCCUCUCCUCUAAGACUGCUUUUAAAUGGAUUUUCCUCCCCAUUCUCAAGUGACGGAGUUUGGAUGUAUUGUCCUCCCAGAACUCAUGUGGAAAUUUGAUCCCUAGUGUGGCAGUUUGAGUUAUGGGGGCAGAUCCCUCAUGAGUGGAUUAAUGCUCUCCCUGAGGGUGGGGGUAGUGAGUGAGUUCUCGCUCCAUUAGUUCCCACGAGAGCUGGUUGUUUAAAAGACCCUGGCACCUCCUCUUGUUCUUUCUUGCUUCCUGUCGCCAUGUGAUCUGCUUGUACCCACCAGCUGCCUGCCACUUUCCGCCAUGAACAGAAGCAGACUGAGGCCCAUGCCAGAUGCAGCUGUCCCAGAAUCAUAAGCCAAAUAAAUCUCCGUUCUUUAUAAAUUACCCAGUCUCAGGUAUUCUGUUAUAGCAACACAAAUGGACUAAUACACCAAGUAAUCCCCUGGACUUGAAUCAGACACUUUUCCUCACUCAGUAUUUUUUACCUCUGCAGGCAACUAUUACUUCAAGCUUCGCUUAUAUAUAUGGUUCAGAAACAUUAUGGGUUUUUUUUAGAAUUAAUUAGGGCUUUAAAAAAAAUUACAUGUUUUGUGAUAAAACAUUUAGAAGCCUGCGUUUAACCAUUCAACUUUAUUAUCUACUGUCUAGUGUAAGAAAUGUCAAAACUAGAAGUCCAGCCUUGUGGGUACAGUAGGAACAAGCAUGGGGAAGGGUUACUUCACAGACCUGGCCAGUCUCCUGUUUGGGCUGCUGAGUCUAUACCUCAAGGUGAUGAUUUACCAUGUGAUUUGCAGAUUUCAACCUGGAACAGAAAUCCCUUGAGGGUGUGUGUGCUAAAAUGCAGAUUCUCAGCCUCUUCCCCCAGGAAUUCUGAUUCAUGACAUUUCAGUUGGGACAUAAGAUCUGCAUAUUAAAACAAGUUCCCCUGGAGAUUCGUUUUUGCUCUUCCACAGACCACAUUUUGGGAAGCAUUUAUUUAGGGGAAGUGUUUUUGGUCUCUGUGUUUUCUGUUGUUUAAGGUUUUGCACUCAGUUGGGUCCAUUGAUCACUCAGGACACAAUAUAAAAUUCUCACGCAGAGAGAAACGGACUUAAGCUAUCCUUGCAUGAUUGAGGUGCUUUUACCAGGAAGGGGCUUUUACAGCUUCAAUCAUAUAUGGAUGAAAA